CACGAACUUGCCUUUGAGACAUUUAAGCAAAAUCCAUCUAGCUUUAGAUUCAUCGAGCAAGAUGUUGACGGAUGCAGACAAGGAGUUCUUAUAUCUAACUGCUGUUGUCACUGUGGGGUAUCAGUUUUUUUUCUUUAUAAUCGCUGUGGUUUUGAAGUUCGAUAAAGUGAUUGAUUUUGCAGGAAGCUCGAAUUUCACCGUCAUUGCUCUGUUGACUCUGAUACAGAAAGGGACAUGGCAUCUGCGCCAGGUUGUCCUCACUUCGAUGAUGGUAAUAUGGAGCUCACGAUUGGCAAUAUAUCUCCUUAUUAGAAUUCUGAGAUGGGGGGAGGAUAGGCGUCAUGAUAAGAUGCGCAACAGUGUGGCAAACAUAGCAGUUUACUUUAUAGUUCAGGGUUUUUGGGCCUGGGCUGUGACUUUACCUAUAACAGUGGUUAAUGCGAGUGACAAAGAUCCAAACAUUCAGGCUGCAGACAUUAUAGGGUGGAUCAUGUGGUUUGUGGGUGCCUCUGUUGAACUUUUAGCUGAUAUAUAUAAAUUUUCCUUCAAGAAUUCUCCAGAAAGCAAAGGAAAGUGGUGCGACCUUGGACCAUGGAAAUACUCUCGCCAUCCAAACUAUUUUGGUGACAUUUUACUCGCUAGUGGAUACUUUGUGGCCUCUAUUCCCAUACUUGAAGGUUCUGAAUGGUAUGUCGUACUCAUUGGGCCAAUCUUUGUGACAUUGUUGCUCCUCUUUGUUAGCGGCCUGCCAGCUCUUGAGGCAUCGGCAGACAAGAAGUUCGGUAAUGUGGAUGCAUAUAGGAUUUACAAAAAAAGAACUAGCCCUCUUAUUCCACUGCCGCAUGCAGUAUAUGGGAACCUGCCUCAUUGGUUCAAAGCUGUUUUUCUCUUUGAAUUUCCUAUCUACAGCCGUUAUUUACAUAAAAACCGGCGCAGCAACAGCCAAGAAGGAAGCAGGGAUGAACAGAAGCUGGGUUAGUGCUUCCGGAUCUUCGGGUUUUUACCAGGUCGUCCCAAAAACUUUAGUGGCAUGUUUCGGAUGAAGGGUAAUAGGAUCUUAAGGUGAUGCAGCUGUGGUAUUGCCUUUUAACUUUGUGUGUUGUGACCUUAUCUUUAUGACAGCUCUAUUUCAUGGAUGUAUUUUAGGACUUUUGAGUGUUUCGUGUGUUGAAUAAACUGUUACCAACAUCUUCCGUGGGAUUUCUUCAUGCCGUAUGAAAUUUGUUCUGCAUAUGGAACA